AUGGCACCAAAACUCCGCAACCGCCGCGCCCAAGCCGAAGACACAGCCCCGCGAGUCGUCGAAGUUGACACCGACGAAGAAGUCGAAAUCACACGCACCGCCGAGCAACAACGAGAACGCAACAGACUCGAGAAAGACAACAAAAAACGAACCGUGAAAGUAGACGAUGAUGACGACGAAGAACAUUUUUACAUUUCGUUACUGGAUGUUUUACGAGUUAUUGUAACGUUCGUUGUCUUGUCGGUUGGAUUGAGUUACUACGUGACUUCGGGGGAGAGCUACAUUUGGGGCUUUGAGAGGCAGAGGCCUUGGUGGAUGCGGUAUAAUGACAUUAAGCAAUUCCUGCAAGGACCCAUAAACCUAACCCCCUCUCAACUCGCGCUCUACGACGGCACUGACCCAUCCUUACCCAUCUACCUCGCCCUCAACGGAACAAUAAUCGAUGUCUCCGCGAAUCCCGGAAUCUACGGUCCCGGUGGCGGAUAUCACUUCUUCGUCGGCCGAGAUGCCACUCGCGCGUUUGUGACGGGCUGUUUCCAGGAAGAUCUUACGGGGGAUAUGCGUGGAGUUGAGGAGAUGUAUAUUCCCGUCGAAGAUGCGGAUGAGUCGCAUAGGGAGCGAACCUUAACGGCGGCGGAGAAGAAGAGGAGGCAUGAGAAGGAGGUGCAGGAGGCGAGGGAGAAGGUGGUGGCGCAGGUUAAUCAUUGGGUUAAGUUUUAUUCGGGCCAUGAGAAGUAUUUUGCAGUUGGUAAAGUGGUGCCUGAGAAGGAUGGCCAGGAAGAAAGUCCAAAGGAGGAGAGGCGGUUGUGUGAGGGUGCGCAGAAGAAUAGGCCAAAGCGAAGUGAGUUGAACAAGCAGUUGUAA